CUUCUGCACAUGCUCCUUAGUCGAAAUGACCGGCCUCAGGUGAUCUGUUAUCUCAUCGUGCUUUCUGCUUCUCUUCUCACUUAUUUGAUUUCCAGCUGCAUGGAUCCUGGCUUCUUAACAUAUCAGACGUCUGCUAACUUCCGACUCCGUUGUGGUCGUCUCGCUAAUUCAGAUGAUGAAGAGCUUGUUGAAGCCGCCGGCUCUAAGCCGAAACCGAGUUUCAAUCGAUAUUCCACUAGUAAAUGGUGGCCAUUGUUGCGGCCUUCAUCAGUAGUGGCCAUUAAUAAAUCGUCUCAUUCCCACAUCCCUAGUACUUUCAAGGACCCAUCUUCUACACACUCCAAUAAUACCAGCUACCGACACUUUCGUCUACGAGAUUCAUCUGAUACUAGCAAAGUAAUUGAUGAUCCCCGAAGGACAGAAGUACAGGCAUCGAGGCAGUCUCGCCUGUCCACCAGGAUACGUGAAGGAUUGGGUAAAUAUUAA